CUUCCGUGCGAGUCGUGACGCGUGCGCAUGCGGCAACUUUAGUGACGCUGUGUCCUGUUGGUGAGAGCCGCGACACUCCGCGGUACCCGUUUAAUUCCAUACCCAGUGUUUCGCCGUUUAAUCAGAAUGGACCCUGCAAAAAUGACCAUGAUGCCGCACAGCAGGAAACGCGUCUGCUACUAUUACGACAGUGAUAUCGGCAAUUAUUACUACGGCCAAGGACAUCCUAUGAAGCCACAUCGUAUAAGGAUGACACACAAUUUGCUCUUAAAUUAUGGCCUUUACAGAAAGAUGGAAAUAUACAGACCUCAUAAAGCCACAGCAGAUGAGAUGACAAAAUUUCAUAGUGAUGAAUACAUUAGAUUUCUGAGGUCAAUAAGGCCAGACAACAUGUCUGAAUACAAUAAACAAAUGCAACGAUUUAACGUAGGAGAAGACUGUCCUGUCUUCGAUGGAUUGUAUGAGUUUUGUCAAUUAUCAGCUGGUGGAUCUGUAGCUGCUGCUGUAAAGCUUAAUAAGCAAGCUUCAGAUAUAUGCAUCAACUGGGGUGGUGGCUUACAUCACGCUAAAAAAAGCGAAGCAUCAGGCUUUUGCUAUGUAAAUGAUAUUGUUCUUGGUAUUCUAGAACUGUUGAAAUAUCAUCAGAGAGUUUUGUAUAUUGAUAUUGAUGUUCAUCAUGGCGAUGGUGUCGAAGAGGCGUUUUACACAACGGAUAGAGUAAUGACGGUUUCGUUUCAUAAGUAUGGCGAAUAUUUUCCCGGAACUGGAGAUCUUCGCGAUAUCGGGGCGGGAAAGGGAAAAUAUUAUGCAGUGAAUAUACCUUUGAGAGAUGGUAUGGAUGAUGAGAGCUAUGAAUCCAUAUUUGUUCCUAUUAUUUCCAAGGUCAUGGAAACCUUCCAACCUUCUGCUGUUGUUUUGCAAUGUGGUGCCGACUCUUUAACCGGUGACCGAUUGGGAUGCUUCAAUUUGACCGUGAGAGGUCAUGGUAAAUGCGUGGAAUUUGUAAAAAAAUAUAAUUUGCCAUUUCUGAUGGUUGGAGGUGGUGGCUAUACGAUCAGAAAUGUAUCCAGAUGUUGGACAUAUGAGACGUCUGUAGCUUUGGGGUGUGAAAUUGCAAAUGAACUUCCGUAUAAUGAUUAUUUUGAGUAUUUUGGUCCUGAUUUCAAGUUACACAUUAGCCCCUCAAACAUGGCAAAUCAAAAUACACCGGAAUAUCUCGAGAAAAUAAAAACAAGACUGUUUGAAAACCUGAGGAUGCUACCUCAUGCACCUGGCGUACAAGUUCAAGCAAUUCCAGAAGACGGCGCUGUUAUCGAAGAUUCGGAAGCUGAGGAUAAGAUAAAUCCUGACGAAAGAUUGCCUCAGCGCGACUUAGAUAAAAGAAUACAACACGAAAAUGAGUACAGCGAUAGCGAAGAUGAAGGUGAAGGUGGCCGAAGAGAUAACAGGUCAUUCAAGGGAUCUAGUCGGAAGCGACCGCGCUUGGAAAAGGGUCAGGAGAGUAUGGACACUGAUAUGAAGAAAGAUGAUGAUCUCAAAUCGGAUCCGAAAGAAAAUGAGAAAGACGAGAAGACAAAUCCAACGAAUGAGGAGACGAAGAAAGAUGGCGGAGCGAAUCCCUGAUAAACGAUUGUUUUGACACAUCGAGGGAAAUGGAAAGAUGUUUUUAAUUAAAUUAAAUGUAUAAUCAAGUUUAAAUGAUUUAUGUGACAGGAGCAUAGAUGUCCGCUGCCUUUACUUUGCUUCACUAUUCGAAACGGUAUUCUAUAUUUCUUCUAUAUUUAAAAAAAUCCGAAAAAUUCAGAUUCUCAAAUAUGACAAGUUCGUUUUUGGCAGCGUCAUCAUCGCCGAAAUUUACACGUAUGAGCGUGUAUGUAGGUUAAUACGCUCCAUAAUUUUAAUCGUAGACUGAUAAAUUCGGAAAUGCAUGUGCGAAUAAUUUCAAAUCGGCACUUCUUUCAGUACAAUCACCUACGAUUAAAAAUGUCGUUUUCGUGGAAUAAAGUGCACGGUGACCCGAUCGAUUUGUCAAGAUUUUAUAGUCUGAUCGCGAUUCUUUAUAUAUGCAUACAUGUGUAUAUGCAUACAUGUGUAUAUGCAUACAUGUGUAUAUGCAUACAUGUGUAUAUAUAUACACACGUAUAUAUGUGUACACACACACACACACACACACACACACAUAUAUAUAUAUAUAUAUCCGUGCGUCAUGUAAUAAUUCAACAAUUCCAAGAGACCUAUAUAAGAGAGAUAUAUCAGUGCAUUCAGAGAAGUUUAUGUAAAUUUACACAAUCUCGUAGAUUUAAAAUUAUGAAAUAUUGACAACCUUUCAGGGCACCGAGCUGAUUCUAUCGCUCUAAUGCUCCAAUCAAAUUUCACAAAGUGCAUAAGAUGCACUCUUACGCGCCAUAUAAGGCGGGACAUCUAAAACUACAUUCUGAUAUCUUCGUUGCGCACAAACAUACAUAUGUAAGGAAUUAGCAAUAACGGCAGUAAACUCUAAAAACGGAAUUUACUUUCUCAUUGUCGCAUUUCCUCUUUAAACUUGGUUUGAGAAGCUUAUCUUAUUUCAUUUUUUUCACGUAACUACGCGCAACGAACAUAUUUCGGAUAUGUCAUUUUAAACAUCCCACUUUAUAUAACGUACGGUAUGUUCGCGUUGUUAAUCAUGUAACACACGUUACGAUUAACCGAACCAUUGACCCGUAAGACAGCGGUGCAAUUUAAAAACCAAGAUUGAUUUGAGGGACGAGAAUAAUGAUUCGACGAAUUCGUUUGCUUCCUAUUCUUGUACAUAUACAACAAACAAAAUUAUUCUUAAACAAAACCCUUGCACGCAAUAAUGAUAUAAUAGAGAUGAGCAUCGUCAUUCUUGAAAGUGUAAAGUAUUUCGCCUCAUAUAUUAUUCGAGAAAGUAGUGGAAUAUUCAUUUUGACAAUUUCUCUGGUUCACUCGAUAACGGAAAUGUUGCGAAUGAUGUAUUUUGCGGAGACGAGAUAUCGACAUAGAUCGAUAUUUGUUCGUGUAAUUCGCGUUCGUACGCGAAAUUAAGCAUUUUCUACCAAAGUAAUUUUAAGAUUGACAGUAGAUGGAUCCCACAAUGUCGCUACUAUAUGAACCAGGGAAAAUGAAUACUAAUGAAGGAAGAAAUAUCCACAGAUAUUUUCGAAUGAUGUAUAUGCGAAAAAUGCAAACGAAAAACGGUCAGCAAGUGUAAGAAAGUAUGGUGAAAUUACGGCGAUUGAAAAA